AUGCAACUCACGUUUGCCGUCCCCGCACUCCUCGCCGCGCGCUUCGUCGCAGCCAUCGACUUCACCGACUACGACCCGCAGCCCGGCGUCCAGCCCGAGUUCAAGGCCUUCCUCAACGCCCUCGUCACCCCGGCCGAGAACCCCACCGCCACGACAGAAUACACGGACUUCUUCACGCCGGACGGCAUGCAGACGACCCUGAGCAUCCACUGCGUCGGCGCCGAGGCCAUCACCCGGUGCAAGCAGCGAUUCCUGCCCACGGACGGGAGUAUGACCCUGACACACUUCCCCAACACGACCUUUAUCGCGGACAACAACGCGACCGCGACGGUGUACGAGGCACACGGGCGCAUCGAGAACAACUUCAAGGCGGGCAACUGCUCGCAGAUCUACUACAAGACCCAGUACACGGUCCUGAAGACGGUCAAGUCCGUCGACGCGGCGCCCAACCUGUCGACGACCCCGGAGAAGCAGGUGUACUGGUACCACGACUACUUUGUCAACCCUACCGGCGUGCCGUCCGAUAUCCCAUGUGACAGUCUGAAGGCCUAG